GUGCGUGCUCAUGGGAUCGAUAUUACGCGUUCGUAGUAAACGAUUAAAUUUUUCCAUUUAAUCGGUGCGAUAGCGUUCUCUUCGCGAACUUUAUUCUCCUGUACCUUCACGUAUUCUCAAAGUUUCGUUGCAGCGAUUCGGCGGUAAAUAACGUAACCGGUAACAGGCAAGUAGAUGCACAGAAACGGCGCGAGGAAGAAAAAGCGUCAAGUCGAGAAUGUCGGGAACAGGAUACAUAAUUGGUCCACAAAUACCUGAAGGUUUAGCUACGAUCGUCGAAGGGCUUGCACGAGAAAUCUUGCGUCAUCGACCCACGGAUGUUUACGGGUUCGCGGCUCGUCACUUCGAAGAAUUGAUGAAGCUGAGAGAAAAAGAGCGCAACAUCGAAAUCGUUCCGCAGGUACUCGACGACAAAUUAUUCCGACAAAUUAACCGAUUAUCCGGUUGUCACGAUUUUUCCUUUUGUUUCCGAUUCGCAAGAUUUCUUAUUUGGCGGAGGAAACGGCAGCGACGAAGAAAUUAAACACCGUUCGUAACGAGGAACGCGCAGCCGAGUAAACGGAAAGAAGCGACGAUCGAAUGCGGUUGGUCGAUCGGACGAACCGUUAAAGUAUUUAAGAAGCAUGGAUUUGGAAGGGAGCUAAAAUACGUAAACGUUAAGGACGUCAAAGAGGUGAAAAAAGAGCAAACGGAUAAAGAGAAAAAGAUUGAUUAUUCGGAGAUUCGAUGGGGUUCGAAUCGAUGCGUUCGAUCGUCGUCCGUUGGAGAUCUGCAGGGAGAAAAGAUCGAGACCGGGGAAGAGAUAGAAAAGACGAUGGAAGAGAGAAAGAAAGAGGCGAGAAAGGCGAAACGGCGGGAAUACGAAAGCGUCGUCUCGAGACGACGGAAGGACGCCGGCGAAAUCGAAGGUGGAUUGAUCGAAAAGGCGGACGAAACUCGUGGGCAGACGGUCGUUCGAAGAAGAAGAAGAAGUCGAUCGGUCGCGAACGACGGCGAACAAUCGAAACGGAAGGUGUCGACGACGGAGGAGGAAACGCGAGAGCGAAAACGGCCGGCAACAGCUACCGAGCGGAGAAGCAGCUUUCGAACGACCGGUCGAACCGAAUCGGCGGCUCAGCGAGAAAUCGGCUCCGAGUGGGACACUAAUCAGCCGAGAGAAAGAAAAAAAUCGCAUCUGGAAAAGAACGGAAAAGAAUCGAAAAAUAAUUACGAAAGAAAAAGAGACGAAGAAAACGUCGUUUCAUCGUCUGUUGAAAAGGAUCAUUCGGAGUCUUUGAUCGUUCUUCCGUCGGUCGUUAGCAGACAAUCCUGUAAGAAAUGUACGACGAACGAAAAACCCGAGUCCGAGGAAACAGCUGCUCCACACAGUUUGGUUUUACCCCCGAUCUCGACCGAUUUCUCCAAGACGAUUCGAGCAGAGAACGACGUAACGUUACCGUCUUUGACGCAUGGACCGAGAACUUGGGACGACGAACGACUGAACGACAUCGUCCAUAAGAAAAAUUCGUGGCCUACGGAAGAGCAGGAUCGCGAAGACGAAGACGAGAUCGUCGUUUUGUCCGGAAACAGCAUCGUCGAGCGAGAUGCCGAGCAAACAGCGAGACAUUCCGAAGAAAUAGAAAAUCUGGAAUACUCGAAUUCGCGGGAAAUCGAGCAGGUGUUCAAGGAUAGUUUAAACGUUACUCCCGAUUCGAUCGAAUGUUCGCAGAGAUCAGAUUCGUUGGAACGUCCGCAAGACGAAAACGAGUCUAAGAUCGUGACCGAUCACGAGCAAACGAUGACGGACGAACGAAACGAAUCGAACGAGCUUAAACGAAAGUUGAUGGAAAUAGAAACGGUAGAAAAAAUGAUCGAAAACACAUUGGUUUCCUCUGGAACGGCUGUAAACUCUAAUGACGUACUCCAAGUAGAGUUUCCGAUUGGAUUUCGGGUAGAUUCGGAUACAGAUACUGUUUCCGUAACCGAGACGAAGGAAAAGGCAAACUUGGAAAGAAUCGAAAGAUCGUCUGUAGAGGGAGUUGCCGAAAAUGUCGAGAACGUCGACGAGGAGGAUGUCGAGGAUACGAGAAAUAUCGAACAAGGGGAAAAUAAUGAUAAGGACGAUUUUCAGAUCGACGAGGCUGCGACAGUAACCGAACCGAACUCUGCUGCUUCUUCGAAUAUUUCUCCCGUGAAUACAGAUAUCGAUCGGUCAAACGUCGUGGUCUCAGCUUCGAUUCCGGUCCCGCUAUCGGAAUAUUCUUCGGCAAAGAGCGAUCCUUCGUGUUACGUUCUUUCGGAAGGCUCUCCUUGCGAAAUACCGGAAUCGGUAACGACCGUAAUUAUCCCGGACAAAAAUAUUCGAAACGAUGAGAUUUUCCAGUUCGAGGAAAAGGAACCGUUCGGAGAUCUCGUGUAUUCCGAAGCCUUCGAAUAUUCGACGAGCAUCGACGCUGGUGUUUUCGGCGAAAUAACGGAUGCCGUCGAUCGAAUGACCUUGAAAAUAGAAGACCUUGAGAAUAUUAACGAAGAAGAGGAAAGCGAACGGGAACGAGAUCUCAACAGCGAUCGAGACGUCGUAUCGCGCGCAAAACUAUCCAGCAACGUUUCGGAUGAUUUGGAAAAGAGAUCGGAAGAUAUAAUACCGAAUGCGGGCGUUCCGGAUGAGAAUGGGAAAGAAAAUAUCGAAGCGACGCAUAUAGAGACUCGUUGCGUCGAGAAGAGCGACGAGACAGAAAACGGAACUCUUCUAUCUUUGGUCGAAAGCGGACCGUACGUACCGGAAUUGAAUUUGGAUUCUCUCAGAGACGUAACGAACUCUUGUUUGGGAAUUAGCGACUCGGUAACCGUCGAAGAUCGGUUCCGUGUAACGAAGAAAAGGAACCAACAAGAGAUCGGUGAUAAUAGUCUGCGCGAAGGAGAAAACACUUUGUCUUCGUUCGAUACGCUGCCCUCGGAAGAGAAAGCGAGCCUCGACGAAGACGAAAAUGGUUAUCGGGACUCGAAAACCAUCUCCGAUCGUAGAAGACAACGAACCGACGAAACUGAGUCAAGGGACCACGGGUUCUUUCCUCGCGAACCUACAGACAAUUCGUCCAACAUAGAGGAGGAAAUUGCGCAAGAAUUAAUAAAAAAUUUGAAUCUGGAGGUUCCGGAACAAUUCAACACGGAUACGAACGACUCCAGUUUGUCCAAUUCAGUUUGUACGAAAACAAACACGGAGGAAAGAGAGAAGGGCCAGAGCUUGAAGGAAACGGAGGACGAAGAUGGAAAGAACUCGACUCGAUCGACCGAGACAAUCGAUCGAAUUACCGGCGAAAAAAUUUCGAACGAAAAUUUCGGAACAGCCAUUAAAACACAGAAAGAUCAAUCGGCAGCCGAUGAGCAACGAAUCCAAUCGACGAUAACUUUAAACGUAGCGUCUCCUUCUACACCGAAACACACACAGAAACAAGUAGGAGAUCCAAAGAUCGAAAAUGGAAACAGAGGCGGUUUAUGGCAUACAAGCGAAUUUCACGAUUCUUUACCGUUGCCUAUACCUCAUACUCCUAAGAUCUUUUCCAUCACGGACGAUCUCGCAUCGAGCAUUAUACGAAGUAUGACAAUGGCCACGAUAUCAACAAAGACAACGACGACGACGACGACGACGAUGGCGACGACGACGCAUCCCUGGUCGUGCACCGGGUGUAAGCCUCGCUCGAACAGCGAGAUCUAUGAUCGGGAAGACGCAUGCGCGAACGAGAAUAAGCGAAUAACCAGCCAGUUACGUAUAUUAUUCUCGAUGAACGAGUUAGAGUUAGGCGAUUGCUACGGUAUCGUGAUAUUCGUGUACAUCCAUGUUCGAACUGUCUCUCCACGGCACCGUUGUCAGUCUAUCUCGUGUUGCGCGAAGCGUCGCAGACGUUUCAAAGGUUUUUACAAGUUCGUAAUAGUCGCAUGCGUCGAUGAGCUUCGCGAUUCGCUCCUGAUCUGCCCGGAUAGACAGAAGCGAAGAUUAAAUGUAUUUUUAAGCUGGUUAUGCAGCAAGAUUGUACGGAAGGCGAGAACGAAAGAAAUGGAAAGACGUGACGAAUCGGAUUCGUGUGAUCGAGAAUACGAACGAUACGGAGGCCGAGGACAGCUUGUCGAAGAGAAACGAAAAGAAGAAGAAUCAUCGAUCCCGAAGAAACCGAACUCGAUCAGGCAAGAAUCGCUGGAAGAAAAAUCGGCGAUUAAAAUUCAAGCUCGAGUGCGUGGAUAUUUGGUACGAAAGAAACAGCAAACGGCUCGGUUGGCCGCGACCAAGAUCCAAGCGGGUUUUCGAGGCUUCAAAACCAGGAAGCUGUUGAAGCAAACCGAACAAUAACAAGCCUACGGUUAUUUGUUUGCUGGUUAACCACGUAAAUUUUUCGACCGCGUUCUCGAGAUGCAACAUGCUUCGAAGCUAAGCGAGAUAAAUAAAAGUAACCCGUUUGCAACGAGUAAACGUUCUUCGCGUUUAGUCGACGUCUUUUCUUUUUUAUUCUUUUAUUUCCGAUAUUUUCCGAAUAUUUCUUGAAACGUAACUUUUUCGCAAAACGAAACUUGUCACCGCAGCGUCUCACGGUUGGAUCCUCGGCAUCGUAUCGUUGGCAUCGUUGGCAUCGUUGACCAUGGCAUUUCUCUUCGUAACGAAUCCAUAAUUAUCGAGAAACAAUCGAAAUAGCAUUCGCGACUGGCGUGUCGACGUUGGCAAUAACGUUGCCAACCACUAUUGCGACCGACCACUCUACCAGAAUAUUCAUCAGUCGAUCGUUAAUCGUCCAACGGCAAUGUUUUAGCGAUACUCGUUCGCCAUACAAUCUAACGUAUCUUUUAAUGAUAUUUUCCACUGCAGAACUACCGCUUUCUUUCGAGCAUCGAGCAUCGAUUUUAAUCUCCGAGGACAAUGAACGUAGCGAGAGGGCGCGGCGCGACGCGAAGUCGCUUUAGGCCGAGUUGCCGAUGAUCGAUCAAGACGUCAGACGGAACAACCGUACCGAGUAUUCGUACUUUGAGUACAGUGCUCCUUUCGUCUACUAAAUCGUUAGAUAAACGAUACUCUUUCCGUCUUACUUUUAUAAAACGAUACUUUUAUCGUUACCUAUUCUUCUACGACUAGUUCUAAAGAUUCUUCGAUAUCUGCCGUAUCGAAAGAUUUCCUCCGAGAGGUACUGGCAACGCGAUGAUUUGGCAACGCUCGAGCGCGCAUUUCCUACGAUUUUACCGUUUAAUCGAUCGA